AUGCUGCAAGGAGUAACUGGCACUCAUCUGUUGUGGAACUGUGUGAUUGUGAUGAUGUUUCAUAGCAUCGAAUCGAGUUUUGCAUCACCAACUCAGCAUGUUUUAGAAAAAAGCAAAGUGGCGCCUGGUGAAGUUCAAGUGAAACUGAAAGAUGUAUCAGAAGCUCUUGUAAGCUUCUUCAGGCCAGUAACGUGCCGCCACAAAGACAAUCAAGCCUUAACUCCUUGUCGCGUAGGAGGGACCGUUAACAAAACCGAAUGCUUGGAAAAUAAAUGUUGUCCUUCCAAAACMAGCCAUGAAUUGAAAUGCUAUACCCCAUUUAAAGACAAUCUGCAGCUGACCUUUCGGUUGUUUGUGCUUGGAGCAGGAGUGUUUUUUAUUCUGGCAGGUCUGCCGUUUUGUUGCUGUGCCUGUUUGCAAAAGAGUCAGUGUUUCAAUCCUUUACGAAGCAAAAGGAAAGCAGUAGAACAAAGUAUGCAGAAGAAGAAAGAGCAUAGUGAAAACCAUGGCUUUUUAUCAAGUUUAUUUAAGAAAAAGGCUAAGGAUCAUGAGAGCAUGUAA